UUAACGGUGGCACCGGAGAGAGUGCGGCCAAAUUUCAUAGCAAGGAUGAAUGAAAACAUAAACGCAACCAUGUGCUGUUUCAGGGUGAUGUGGCUGAACCGGUGCUGUAUAUCGAGUCGUACUUAUUAGCCGAAUAGUUCAAAUAAACGUUUAUUGAUUUUAUCGAUCAGUUUUAUUGAUCGUCUAUAGCCUGAUGUUUCCUGUAUACAGUAGGUGAUACACCUUAUAGGUUGCUUUCCGAAGCCUCAGGUUUACCAUUCAGAGAGUCUCAGUGUCCAUUCGAAUGAUCCCAUCCAGAACUUUGUUGGUGAAAAGGAGCUAUCAGAUUCUUUCUCGAACCCCAAAGAUGGUGUUGUGGUGUUGGGCGGCUAGUGGAUUUACUUACGCUUCAGCCCAGGAGGCAGUGCUUCCUCGGAGAACUACAGAAAAAAAGUCCCUUGCCAAAGUGCAGGUCCACAGACUGACCUUUGUGUUCAGGCUGGGCAUCCGUGCCUUGGUCCUCCUGCUGAAAUUCAGCCCAUUGUUGCUUCUGUACCCACUGAGCCUGCUCUCGAAGCACUGGGCCACAUGCUGGCUUAACGCCCUGCUCUGGGUCACAGAGACAUCCGGGCCGACGUUUAUCAAACUGGGCCAGUGGGCCAGUACACGACGAGACAUCUUCUCUCAGGAAUUCUGCGAUCGAUUUUCUCGCCUCCAUGUCAAGGUGCAUCCGCAUUCUUGGAAUCACACUAAGCAAUGUCUGAGCCGAGCUUUUGGGGAAGGAUGGAGGCAGCUCUUCGUCUUUGAGAGUAAGGAGCCUGUGGGCUCAGGAUGUGUGGCACAGGUGUAUCGGGCUAAGGCUUGUGUGGCAAGCGUGAAAGACCCAGCAUUCCAGCAGCUGGUGGAGGGGCUUGAGAAGGAGGAUCUCCUGGAAGCCUGGGAGGUUCCUGGUUUGGGAGGCACUUUGGGUUAUUUAUGGGGGUCAGAGAAAGGAGAUGGAGAGACGUCUGAGAACUUGGAUGGAGGUUCUGCUGAGCUUAGACAUGAAGAGGAUAAGGGGUUAAUACCAGUAGCAAUUAAGGUGCUUCAUCCUGGCAUCAGGAGACAAGUUCAGAUAGACCUGAUUCUGAUGAAGGCAGGCAGCAUGCUCAUCAGCUGCUUACCAGGCCUGAAGUGGCUCAGUCUCCCUGAAAUCGUGGAUGAAUUUGAGAAGCUCAUGACUAAGCAGAUUGACCUUCGUUUCGAAGCCAAGAACAUGGAAAAGUUCAAGAACAACUUCAAGGAUUUGGAAUGUAAGUUUCCAACACCACUAAGACCAUUUGUCACAAGUACUGUCCUGGUUGAGACGUAUGAGGAGAGUGAACCCAUUUCGAACUACCUUAAAUCAGAUGUUUCUGUGGCUAUGAAGCAGAGAAUUGCCCGCAUGGGGGUGGACACGCUGCUGAAAAUGGUGUUUGUGGAUAAUUUUGUCCAUGGAGACCUGCAUCCAGGGAAUAUCCUUGUUCAGGUGGAUCAGGGAAUCUCGGGCCAGGACAAAGCCACUCUGACAGAUCUGUGGGACACGGUGGUGGUUAGCAUGAGACCUUCACCUCCUCCCUUACAGCUGGUGCUGCUGGACGCAGGAAUCGUAGCCCAGCUGAGCGAAGAAGACCUGCGUAACCUGAGAGCCGUAUUUACUGCCGUCGUUCUCCAGCAGGGGGAGCAGGUAGCAGAGCUGAUUCUACACCAUGCCAGGGCCAACGAAUGCCAGGAUGUGCCACGCUUCAAAAAGGAAAUGGCUGAGCUCGUGGACCUUGCUGUGAGUGAGACGCUGUCUCUGGGGAAGAUUCAGGUGUCGGAGCUGCUGUCGCGGGUGUUCGGCUUGCUAAUCCGCCACAAGGUGAAGCUGGAGAGCAACUUUGCUUCCAUUGUGUUUGCCAUCAUGGUCCUGGAAGGUUUGGGCAGGUCACUGGAUCCGAACUUGGACCUGCUAAAAAUCGCUAAACCUCUGUUGUUAAAGAACUGCACCUCGUUUCUUUCCUGAACUCUUUACAAUUAUGCACAUUUUGAGCCAGUGUCUGAAUGUAGCCUAGACAAAUAAACCUCCUGUACUUAAUCUAGAAACUUAAUAUUUACAGCAGUUGUUCCUUUACCAAAGAUAAUGGAUAACACCUACAUACAAUGGGACAAUGGGACAUCAUAGCCAGUGUGUGUGAUGGAUUUUUUAUUUUAUUUUAAGAAAAUAUUUGUAACUCUUGAUCCUUUUUUAACAUUAUAGUGAAGCCUCAGACUGUUUUUCAGCAUAACAAGCUUUAAUGCUUUCCACAUUAUCGACUGAAGACCUCAUCAUCCUGCCUGCCAGGAAACACUGCUUACACACACACACACACACACACACACACACGUAAGCUCUUUAGGAAUUCUGUAUUACCUGAAUGCAUCAUGUGUUAAGACCGAUCUGAAAUGACCCUGGAAAUAUGAUGCAGAAUGAAAUACAUAUCCAUAAAUUGUACGUAUGUAAUUUUUUUUUAUUAAUUGAAUCUUUGUGUCUCUAAAAUCAAUAAAAUAUGGAGGUACUUUCCUGAUAUUUGAUUUACA